UUCCUCUGUCUCACUCACGUCGCCGUCUCUGCCAGCCAGCCCUCAGCAUGGCGCGUUCCUCUCGUCUCGUCGCUCUCCUCCUCCUCCUCCUGUCGGCGUGCUCGUGCCGCGCGGCCGGCAACAACCCGAGCGCCGUGGUGCUGCCGGUGAGGAAGGACAGCGCAACGGGGCAGUACCUGACGGGCUUCCGGCAGCGAACGCCCCAGGUCCCGGUGACGGCCGUGCUCGACCUUGGAGGCGCCUCGCUCUGGGUGGACUGCGACGCCGGGUACGUGUCCUCGUCCUACGCGGGCGUGCCGUGCGCGUCCAAGCUGUGCCGCCUCGCGAAGAGUGUGGCCUGCGCCACCAGCUGCGUCGGCAAGCCGUCCCCGGGGUGUCUGAACGACACCUGUAGCGGGUUCCCGGAGAACACCGUCACGCGCGUCAGCACCGGCGGGAACCUCAUCACCGACGUGCUGUCGGUGCCCACCACCUUCCGCCCGGCGCCGGGGCCGCUCGCCACCGCGCCGGCGUUUCUGUUCACGUGCGGAGCCACGUUCCUGACCGACGGCCUCGCCGCCGGCGCCACCGGCAUGGCGUCGCUCAGCCGUGCCCGGUUCGCGCUCCCGACGCAGCUCGCCGCCACCUUCCGUUUCUCCCGCAAGUUCGCGCUCUGCCUCACGUCGACCUCCGCGGCCGGGGUCGUCGUCUUCGGCGACGCGCCCUACGCGUUCCAGCCCGGGGUGGACCUCUCCAAGUCGCUCACCUACACCCCGCUACUCGUCAACAACGUGAGCACCGCCGGCGUCUCCGGCCAGAAGGACAAGUCGAACGAGUACUUCAUCGGCGUGACGGCCAUCAAGGUGAACGGCCGCGCCGUGCCGCUGAACGCCUCGCUGCUGGCCAUCGACAAGCAGGGCGGCGGCGGCACCAAGCUCAGCACGGUGGCGCCCUACACCGUGCUGGAGACCUCCAUCCACAAGGCGGUCACGGACGCGUUCGCGGCGGAGACGGCCAUGAUCCCCCGGGUGCGGGCCGUGGCGCCGUUCAAGCUGUGCUACGACGGGAGCAAGGUGGGGAGCACCCGCGUGGGCCCGGCCGUGCCGACGGUGGAGCUGGUGCUGCAGAACGAGGCCGCGUCGUGGGUGGUGUUCGGGGCCAACUCGAUGGUGGCCGCCAAGGGCGGCGCGCUCUGCCUCGGCGUGGUGGACGGCGGCGCGGCCCCGCGGACGUCGGUGGUGAUCGGGGGGCACACGAUGGAGGACAACCUGCUGGAGUUCGAUCUGCAGCGGGCGAGGCUCGGGUUCAGCUCCUCCCUGCUGUUCCGGCAGACGACCUGCAACAACUUCCGCCUUGGGUAGACAACAAAUGGAAUGGCAUCCGGAUGGGAUUGCAGAAGAUGAUAUGUGUGCUUGCGUUGUUCAGAUUGCAGUCAAAAUUUGUUUGUGUGUUUCCCCCUGGGUUUUGUUUUGGCUGUUUGAAUAAUCAACAGGAGAUCGAACGAUUUUCCUGUCAGAGCAAGCGUUGUUUCUGCGCGUA